UAAGUAGGUUACUGUUGAGUUGUGUGUUGUUGAUUCUCGUCUCGAACUAGUAAAACUUUAAAUCAGAAACCUUUCAUUAUGUGGUCAGGAAAUCACUGAAAUCAGAUAUAAUGAUACAAAAAUAAAUGUUGGUAAAUAAUUCAAUGUAGUUUGAUUUGAGCCCCGAAACAACAUUCCUAAGUUAUUCUUUAGAAUUAACAUCUGUGACAAAGAAUUAAGUGGGGAUCGUAUAGUGUUGUUGACAUCAUAAUUUGAAAUGGAUGAAUUGAAUAAGUUUUUGGAAGAGUCUUAUGAAAGAUCGUUAGAAUGGGGUAGAAUGAACGAGAUCCACAUAGUUUUAGGAAAUGAAGCUGGUGAUCUAGAUUCGGUUAUGUCUACCAUUGCUUAUGCUCAUUUCCUCUACUCUACCACUAAACACCAAAGUGAUGAUCGAAUAGCCUUUUUUCCUGUUCUUAACUUCGACAGGGAUGGCAUGGACAUACGUUCGGAGCACAAAUAUUUGUUCGAGCAAGCAGAUAUUAAUUUGGACAAAUUAAUCUAUAGAAAUCAAUUGAAUUUCGAGGAAAUGGUGAGGGAUUUCGGAAACACAAACAGAAUACUGAAAACCUACCUCGUCGACCACCACCAGCUCAGAGAAAACGAUGAGGUUUUACGGGAAACAGUUUGCCGAAUUUUCGAUCACAGACCUCUGGAUAAAUACUACUCUUGGACGGAUUUCAACAUGAAAAUGCGAAUUGAGAAAGUUGCGAGCUGUUGUACCUUAGUUGCAGAUGAACUAUUCAAAGAAACAAGUUAUGAAGUGGACAGUAAAUUGGCCCAUCUGAUGUAUUGUGCUAUUGUCUAUGACACGAAAGGUCGCGAUCGUCCUGGCACUCUCGACGAGGAAAUGAAAUCUAAAUUGUGGACCAAGAGUACUUAUCGAUUGGAAACAAAGGAAAUAUUCAAAAUACUGGAUGAGCUUCAUUGUAAAUGCGACCACCUAACUCCCCUUCAAAUCCUCACCAGGGAUUUGAAGUUCGAAAAAGGCAUAUUAUUCCCUAGGCUUUCCAUGCUAGCAGUAGAUUUCAUGAAGUUCCCUAAUGCUUACGAUGCCAUAGAUACUCUGUGUCAUCAAUAUAAAUCGGAUUUAGCUGUUCUGAUUUGUACCAGAAAAAGCUCGAAUGAACAACUUGUGGAUGUUGGUGUGUUUUUUUCAAAUUUAGACUGCGAAUUCAAAACCAAAUUCGUGAAAAAAUUUAAUGAGGCCAAGUUCGCUUUACUCGAUGGAAAAUACGAUAAUUUUAGCAUUUUUAAGUUCUUAGGGAAGAAAAUAGGUAGAAAAAAAAUUUUACCAUUAGUUUUAGAAAUUUACGAGAAUAUAAAGGGAAGUUGAACUUAUUGAUGACACAUAAGUGAUAAUGAACUCAAAUAUUUCAAUUCAAACAACACUAUCUACCAUCUUUACCAGCUAAGCAUUUUCAUUUAACCACAACUCUUUUUAGUUCCUCAGUAUCGGGAGGAUUACAUGUUAUGAAAUAAAGAUUUUACCAAUUCUAA